GAAAACCGAUCGAUUCAAGGUUUUAAAAGCCCUCCCUUCCCUUCCAAAUCUCAGUCAGGUUUCAAAAAUCACUCCUAAUCAACAUGGAAACAGAUGAAGAAGACGUGUCAAGAAUCGUCCCAUUUCAGCUUCAGUUCGACAAGCCACUAGCCUCACAGAUAAAAAUAGCUGAAUGGAACCCGGAGAAAGAUCUGCUGGCUAUGGUUACCGAGGAUUCGAAGAUUUUGUUGCAUCGGUUUAAUUGGCAGAGGCUAUGGACCAUCUCUCCAGGAAGGUGCAUAACAUCUCUAUGUUGGCGUCCAGAUGGUAAAGCAAUAGCCAUCGGGCUUCAAGACGGAACAAUUUCAUUGCAUGAUGUUGAAAAUGGGAAGCUGUUACGAAGCAUGAAACCUCACACUGUUGCUGUUGUAUGCCUUAACUGGGAGGAUGACGCAGGCGAAGAAGUUUCAGAUGGCAACUUUGUCGCAAAAUAUGAAGAUCGAACCUCUCGUUUCUUUCCUCCUGCCCCAAGAGCUCCUCGGGUGCCCGGACUUGUGCCCGGAGAAACGGGUUUUAUGGAUGAAAGUGAAAAUUUAUCACAAGAAUUAUCGAACUCUUCACAUCAGCGGUUUAACAUUCUAUGCAGUGCAGAUAAAGACGGUGUUAUAAGCUUCAGUAUAUUUGGCAUAUUCCCGAUUGGGAAAAUUGAUAUUCAUGACUUUUCAGUUUCUUGUCCACUUGCAAACCAGCAUGUUGACUGCAAAUUGCUGAAUGCUUCAAUUUCUAAGGUAGUGUUAUCCAAAGAUCUUUGCCAUUUGACAGUGUUAUGCUCUGGUGAGCUUCAAGUUCCGGAACAUGAUUUGCAUGGGUUCCAUUGCUUAACACUUGACACUUCAAUAUUCUAUAAAAGGAGAAACGAGCUUCACCAAGUUGCUCAGCAGGCUUCAAACAUUGAGGAUUUAACAGAAGUCAUCCGAGCUUCACUAUCUGUCAUGUCUAAGCAAUGGUCCGAUGCAAUGCAUACAUUUCAUGACAAAUUUGGUUCCCUAUCUAGUCUCAUUCAUGACCAUGGAUUGGACUCAACCCCACAAGAGGAGUUUCUUAGCCUUAUUGGUGGUGCCCGCACAAGUCCAGCUGUUCACCAAUUUUUAGUCAACUCUCUUGGUGAAGUGGGUCUCAAGCGGAUAUCAAAGGUGGUCUGUGGAGCGGGAAAAGAGCUUCAGGUUAUUGUUCUUGAACAUCUACAGCCUGCUGCAGAGAUGAUUGGAUUUAGAAUAGGAGAACUGAGAGGACUUUCUAAGUGGCGUUCACGUUAUCAAGGUAUCGGUUUGGACGAGACUUUAAUAAGUCAUGCAACGGAGAAAUCGGGAAUGCUGCUCAUUCAAGUUCAACGCUUUAUGAGGGUUUUAUCCUCUUCUGUUCAACAGUUUUCAAAUUUCUUCAAUUGGCUUCACAAAUGUGUGAAAAUGUUAAUGUCGGAACCAAGUGACCAGCACCAGUUUUUGGCUUUUAAUAGUGAACUGGUUAUUUUAUUUUUGAAGUAUCUAUAUGAUCAAGAUCCAGUAAAGCGGUUGCUCGAAUCAACUGAAGUUGACCAUAGCAUUGAAGUUGACUCGGAGACGAUGGAAAGAGUAGAAGAAUUGGCUCAUUUUGGGGGCUUCACAGAUUUGGAUUACCUGCGAAGAACGUUAGCAAAAGAAUUUCAACAAAUGGAGUCUUGUUUCAAAGAGGCGUUCCGGAUGCCCUUCACUACAAUUUCCAAAAAGAUCCUCUGCCAAAACUUGUCGCCAUUGUUUCCAAUCGAAUCGAUAUCAAAAUCUGCAUCCUCCACUGUUCCAACAUCCAUAUCAUAUUACAAGGAAGCAAUGCACUCCAAACAACACAGUUUUGUGGAUUAUAUAACUUUCAUAUUACCCGAUGAGCCUUCAUCAGAGCUUGCAAAUUGUGUAGUCGUUAUGAGGUGUUUGAUGAACAAUGAUCUAGAAGCUGUGUUAUUAUGUGUUCCUGAUGGCUAUCGUUGCGUAGAUUUGUCUCUAUAUAAGGAAUGUCAACUUGUUCUACUAUUGAACGGGCCGUCUUCCGAAAACUUGGAGAAAGCUUGUAUGACAAUUGUGCAAGCCGAUGAUCUUCCGUUUGUAUCUAUACCUAAUUCAGAUGAUUCAAGCCCUUGGAAAUUGCAUGAACUUAAGGACUCUAUUGUAUACUUAGAAGUGGAUAGUUUGAAAGUGCGAGGAAUUCCUCACUCUGUGAUCGCCCCUCUAGCUGUUAGUGCAUCUAGAGGUGUUGCUUGUGUCUUUGCAACGAGAAAGCGCGCUCUAGUUUAUAUUCUGGAUGAAGAUGAAGAUGAAAUCUCAGACGCGGAGUAGCUUCAUUAUGCCAUAAUUUUUAUUUUUAUUUUUUUUGUAAUUUUUUAUGUAUUUUUUCUUCUUUUUUGUUCGACGAGUAACUAAUUAAUUCACAUCUAAUUUGUAUAUCAAGUGAUAGGGUAGAAUCACCUGUUGUACAUCUUUAGUUUCAGGCUUGUGGACUUUUUUGGAGUAAUCAUAUCAUUAAGGACCUUUAAACCCCUAUUUUAAUCUAGCAAACAUGUUUUGAAGCA